CAUCACUCCGCCGUCUGGACAUUUUGGAAUCUCCUUGGAGAAAUAUUCUCUGCACAUUGCAUCUGCCAAACGAAGAUCAAGAAAUCCGCCAAGAUGCUUAUUCUUCCGGCCAAGAUCUCCUUCCUCGAGAAGCUUCACAUGAUAUCUGUGGUACUCGGUUCAAUCGGAUAUUUUAUUUAUGGCCUCUUUGCUAUUCGACUCCAAGGUGGUGGACGCAAAGGCUACACUUUGAGUACGGCUUCCUCAUACUAUGUCCGGAACUUGUUCGCCCGGUCGAGCCUCCGCAAGCUGCAAUGGUUCCUCCCGUCGACUCACCAGGCUUACAACCAAUUUGCCUCGCUAUGGCGAUUCAAGCCUGUCACGCACACCUUCCCUGAUGGAUCCAUGGGCCACUGGAUGGGCAACAAAGCCGCGAAGCAGAUCAUUGUGUACUUGCACGGUGGCGGAUACAUGGUUCCUGCGACUCUGGCGCAUAUGAAAUGGGUGUACGACGCCCACAGGGAAUUGACCAAGGCCGGAACAGACACAUCCGCCAUAAUCUUAUCGUACCAACUUACACCUCAUCGGCAAUAUCCGCUCCAGCUGCAACAGGCUGUCAAUCUUGUGAAGCAUGUCAUCGAGGUUGAAGGACUUACGCCUUCCCAGAUCAUUCUCGCGGGAGACUCCGCAGGCGGAAAUCUGACUUUGGCCGUCAUCUCGCACCUGAUGCACCCGCACCCGGACGUCCCGGAAUUGAAGCUGGCAGAGCCAUUCCGCGGUAUCCUCCUGAUUUCGCCCUGGAUCGCUUUCGACUACGUGGAGCCAAUCGCAAAGGAGUAUCGAUGGGACAUGCUGAGCGCACCUGGCUUGCGUGAAACUAGCGCUGCCUUCAUCGGACCUGCACCGCCGGACAACUACAACGAGCCCGUUCGCGCACCGCCGUCAUGGUGGGAGCCUCUGCGCCAGGUCACCAGCAGCGUCUACAUCUACUGCGGUGGCUCCGAGAUGUUGCGACCUUCAAUUGAAAAGAUCGCCCAGGCCAUGUCCGACUCUGUCAAUCUGACAAUCAACAUCGUGCCGGGAGCGACGCACGUCAGCACCAUCGUCGACUGCAUCGUGCCCUUCAACAAGGGCGUGGACAAGGAGUCGAUUGCGUGGUUGAAAGCACAGGGCGAGAAGACCGAGGUGUAAGCUCAAGCGCAAAGUUCGCCUGAAGCACUUUUGCAUCUCCGGUCUCUGACGCCUUAUCGUCAGGUCGUCUGUCCAAGUCAAGGAUAAAAUUCCGGAAUCGACAUCGAAAACCCGCCGAAGAUGAAUUCGAUAGACGAGAAAUCAGGCGUAGAAUGGCGGUGAUUCAGGCCGCAGUCGUGAUCCACUGCCGCACGAGAGGAAUGGGGGAAGUGACUCGAUGGAACUCACUUUAGUCUUCAAAGGUCAAGCAUGGUCCAGGAAGGCUGGUCAUGGCCUUUGCACGAUGACCGUACCUGUGCCAGCGCCUCUACUUGGUUUGGAUGAUAAACCGGGGUCGUGCAGGUCCUGAAAGAAAUGUAUCCAUAACCUCAUAAUAAUAUAAAACUCUCUAUUGCAGA